AUGCCUCCGCAGCUCCCAUUAGGGGUACUGUCUCCGGUCCAGCAACAACGACUCCAGGAGUUCUUUGAGGCAAUGCGGAAAGAGGACAAGAAAGAAGAUCCAGCCGAACUGGGUGCAGCGGACGAGGAAGCUCUCGUCGAUGCCUUCAAGAAGGGCAUCGAAAAUGGCUUGACACCGCCGCGGAUUCUGGAGGGGCUAAGUAAGAAAACCGGUCGCAGUGAGACAGAGUGGAUGACGUUGUUCGUCACUCACGUUGACAAACUGUAUCCCAAAACAUUUCCUGGUACCAAUCCUGCGCCAUCGAACCCCGAUAUCAAUCCAUCCGGCCUUGCAGGGGGCCCACCAGUAUCGACGCGUCACGAUGAGCGGCCUCGAAAUGCUCGAAAUCCCGGGAAACCGGCUCCAAUAGCUGCCAAACCUUCCGCAAACUCGAAGCAUAUUGAAGAGGCGCUAGUUCCUGCGACUACGAACGCGUCCGCGAGCGCGCAGGACGGGGCAUCCUCAAAGCCUACCGUACACAGACCAAAGAGGGGCGAAAUCCCAGACGGAUUCCACGGUGACACCCUUAUCCCCCCUUCUGAUGGCUCAAUGAAGCCUCCUUUGCCCGCCGUGAUGGGCGAGCCCGGGAGCAAAUUUACGAAAGAAGAGAAGAUCUUUUUCAUGCACUGGCUGCGCUGGCGCCUGCGAGAGGGUCCUCUUCCGAAAAAGGAGACGCUCUUUCGAGAGCUGGAGGUAGAGCUGCCGCACCGCACCGCCGAGGUAUGGAAGAAACAUUGGGGAGACCACUCCGAGCAGCCUGACCGCGUGUACAUCGAUGCCCGCAAGCGAGUCGAUAGGGAGGAAGAGCUGAGAGGCAGUCCCCUGACCGAUAACGAUGGAGCGGACGAGUACGAGAAAGAGGAAGAGAGCGACGACGACCAAGGAUCCCCGUACGAGGAUGGGGCAUCACCUACGGCCGCGUCGCAUACUCUCCUCGGAAAGAGCAACAAGGCCAGAUCGAAGGGGCGCACAACCUGUGUGCCGGUGAAGGACGAAGAUCUCCGUGCCAUGGCCCUGUACCGGUACGAGAAUGAUGCCAUAUGGGGGACGUUUGAGUACAAGAAAACCCCGUGGAUUGCGUUCAGCCGCCGUCCACAGCAAGCGAUCUGGACCGGCUUGGAGUUCUAUCGCGAACAACCCAAGACACGCUUCUACCGCUACGUCAACGAACACCGUCGGGCAGCUGAGAAAGGGAAGAAACCCAUGACUGAUAUCAAAACCUCUAUCUCCACUCCACCGCAGAAAGACAGCCCUUCGACGUCUUCCACGGGGCCUAGAAAGCCGCGCGAGGGUAUGACGAUGACGCAGAAGCGCAGCGCCGAUACCGACGCCGCGAACGAAGGCUCUAUCAGCGCUGGGAAGAGCCAUCCAUUCAAGAAGAGGAAGGGCGCGGUUCUGCAGGUCAAGGUGGAGCCGGAGUUCAUCAUCGACUUGACUGUCGGAUGA